GGCUCGUCGUACAUUGAUGAUUGAAAACAUUAAUUUAAUGUGUAAUAACUGGUUCGAUAGUCCACAGCUAAUGCUAGCUGCGUUAGCAUUGCCCUGCUAGCCGCUUGGGGAUUUAGCUGCAGGGGAAAAAAAAAAGAAAACUUGUUAUAGAAACUUCUGAAAAGGUGUGGCUAGCUUUGUUGUCGAUGCACAACACUUUACUGGGGAUGUGUUUAGGAGACUGAUGGAGGAGACAGACGAACACGGAAGUGCUCCUGCUGCUGCUAAGAAGACCAGCCGGACGUCGUUGCUGGACAGCGGGGAAGACUUUGAGAUUUUAGAUGAGGAAGACAUUGACGACGACCUUCCUCCUUUGGAAGAUGCCGGCAGCGGGAAGGGGGAAAAGACAGAUGACACGGAAAAGAAAACAGCAGAAGAGGAGCCAGAACCUUCAGGCAGAGUCGAUGAAUGGCUGGAUGUAUUAGGUAACAACCAGUUGAAGAAAAAGGCACUUGAGGCAGGAAGGGGACGAGACAGUCGGCCUUUGAAAGGACAGAGUGUAAAGAUCAAUCUUAAAACACACCUGAUGGAUGGUACUCUUAUAGAGGAGCAGCACGGCCUUUCCUUCACUUUGGGAGAUGGUGACGUUAUCCAGGCACUGGAUCUGACAGUGCAGCUCAUGGAAAUUGAAGAAAAGGCUCUCAUUCACACUGAUGCUAAAUAUGCAUAUGGUGUCCGGGGAAGCCUCGACCCUGAGAUCCCUCCAAAUGCUUCCUUGUCCUUGGAGGUGGAACUCUUGGAGGCUACAGAUGCACCAGACUUGGAGCUUCUGUCCCCGUCAGAGAAAAUUGCCCUGGCCAUUCAUAAGAGAGAGAGGGGCAAUGUGCACUACCAACGUGGAGAUUAUGCGUUUGCUGUCAACUCGUACGGCGUUGCCCUGCAGAUAACAGAGUCUAGCUCCAAAGUUAACAUCAGCCCUGAGGCAGAGAACGAGUUGCUGGAUGUCAAAGUUAAGUGUCUAAACAACAUGGCUGCUUCUCAGCUGAAACUGGACCACUACGAUGCAGCUCUCAAGUCCUGUGUGUCAGUCCUUGCACACCAGCCGGACAACAUCAAAGCACUUUUCCGCAUGGGCAAGGUACUGGCUUUGCAAGGCGAAUACACAGAAGCCAUUCAAACCUUACGGAAGGCUCUGAAGCUGGAACCAAGCAACAAGACGAUUCACGCAGAGCUCUCCAAGCUGGUGAAGAAGAACUCGGAGCAGAGGGGAGCAGAGCAGGCCAUGUAUAAGAAAAUGCUGGGUAACCCCUCUAGUAGGAGCAGCACACAGAAACCUCGGGCCAAGUCUUCAUGGGAUCUCAGCUGGAAGUGGCUCUUCGGUGCCACCGCGGUAGCCAUUGGUGGCGUUGCUCUAUCUGUUGUCAUAGCUGCCAGAAAUUAAAGUGGCGACGACUCGAUGAGCCUGAAAACACUGAAGCAAAUCUGGCAACAUCUUUUGAUCUCAAAGGAUGUGGAAGCGUAAGGUGGUCGCUCGCUCUCUUUUCUCUACUAUGUUUGAGAACUUCGAGACAAACAAUAAAUGGUAAUAUUACUAUAUAAGGAAUGGACUUCCAGCCUUCUAAGUGUGUGGGCCUAUGCACAUCCGUCACAGUGCCAGACAUCGUUUUCAUUUGUUGCUAUUAUGUUUUUGUUGUUGGUAGCCAGUGUUGGAAACUGAUAUUUUGAAAUGAAAAUCUGUAUGAGGAGGGAUUAAAACUAAAUAAAAAUUUAAUAUCUUUUAGUUAAGAGACAAAGCGCUUUAUGCUAUGUUUUAUUGUUUUUUUUUAGUUUUGAAUUAUUAGAUUUUUCUUACAAGAUAAUUUAUUUUCCAAGAGAUGUGAUUUUUAUUUGUUAUGGCACAGUGUUUCUAAUCAAACUACUCCUGUUAUUUAAGCUCCACAAGAUGGAAAGAUGAUCUGGGUGUGUUCUAGCUCUCCUUUUUUUUUUUAAAGAUUCUGCUCAUACAUUCAAUAAUAGACCAAAGUAACAGAAACUUGUACAGCAGUGCAAUACAGUAGUCCUAGAUAUUGAAAGUUAUUUGUAAGAAAAAUUUAACACCAGACUAUUUAUUUUGGGUGAAACAAGCUAUAUUCUUAUUAGAUAACUUGGAAUUAAAUUAGCAUGUCUCUGAGGCGUCAGACAAAGAUGCCACUGAUGGUUUUAGAUUGCAAUUUACUUCAGUGGGACAUUUAUUUUAUUAGUUCAUGUAUGCUCAGUAAAUUAAGGCUCACAGGACCAUUUUUUGUAGCGGAGAUAAAAUAAUGUUUAUUUCUUGAUUGUAGUUCAUUAUAUUUUAAGUUGUGUUGAUUUAAGACCAAAUGUUGAAUUAUGUUCUCGAGUCGACCAUACGUUUGCCUGAGAAGUUGUCCUAAAAUGAUUACUGCUUCAGCUCAUCCAAAACUGUGUCUAUGCCAAACAUGUGGUUUCCUCUGUAGAUGAUAGAUUGAUUGAGCCUAAAGUUGCGUAAUCUAAAAAUGUUUGCUACAGUUAGUUGGAAAAGUUCUUGGUAUUCCCGGUGUAUGUUAAUUUUGUAUUUAUCAUAAAUAAACAGGUCUUAUAAAACUA